CUAGUCAUCCGCCACUGUCUUUAUAUGCGACACCACACUACAUCUUUUUUCUUCUUUAAUCAGAUCUGAAAAUGUCAAGAACAAAUGGCUUAUCUCUGUGUCGUCUGGGUAUAGUAGUGGCUUUAGCAGGCAUCGUCUGUUUGAGCAUUAUGUUUUUCUGGUUUUCUCCUUCACCGAUGUGUCCUCCUCAAUUUGUUCAACACUAUGAAAGCAGCUCUGCCAAAAGCAGCAAGUCUCUUACUGACACAGCAGAACACAAACCUAUUCUUCUGAUGUGGUUCUGGCCUGAAGAUUUCAGAUUUGACCUGAAUGACUGUAAAAAUAUCUUCAAUAUCGAUAGUUGUCUGUUGACGGAUAAUCGAUCUCUCUACAGCGAUGCAGACGCUGUCCUCAUUUAUCACAAGUCCAUUAGUUGGGAUCUGUCCAACCUUCCUCCGUCUCCUCGUCCUCCGUUCCAGAAGUGGAUUUGGUUUCAUUUGGAAUCACCGACCAACACUCAGAAGAAGCCUGGUCUGGAAAACCUGUUCAACCACACUCUCAGCUACAGGCAGGACGCUGAUAUUUUCACCAGGUUGCAUUUGACAGUGAGGAAGAAACCAGCCGAUGACUUCGUCAUUCCCAAAAAAGACAAACUGGUUUGUUGGAUUGUGAGUAAUAACGCUCUUGGAACUGGUGUCGGCACAAGGAACACGUUUUAUCAAGAGUUCAGCAAACACAUAAACGUCACUAUGUUUGGGAGGGCUUACGCAUCACACUUGGAUCAUAAGGACUACUAUCCUACCCUCGCCAGCUGCAAAUUUUACCUUUCCUUUGAGAACUCCAUCCACAAGGACUACAUCACUGAGAAGAUCAAUGGUCCUCUUUCAGUAGGAACUGUUCCUGUGGUUAUGGGUCCUCCAAGAAAGAACUAUGAAAACUUUUAUCCCAGAGACUCCUUUAUUCAUGUGCAGGACUUUCCAGAUCCAAAGUCAGUGGCAGAAUAUCUGCUUCAGCUGGAUAAAGAUGAAGACGCGUAUCGCAGGUACUUUGACUGGAGGAAAUAUUUCUCUGCAACUCCUCAUUUACUGCAGCAGCAGGAGUUUGAUCUGCCCAUCUGUACAGCCUGUGACUAUAUAGCCACACACAAGGAAUAUAAAGAGAUUCAUGACCUUUACGAAUGGUAUUUUAAUUAAUGUUUGAUCAUCUCUGAUUGUGGAGUUUAUUACAUAUGAUGGUUCUGAUUUAGGUGUUAAGAUAAUCACGUAAUUGAUGGGAAUGAUUGUCAUGAUUAUGAAUAUUGCUCUAACUGUUUACAAAAAAUGAUGGUGAUUAAUAGAGAGGAUUAUUGGGUAUGUCUGUUUUAGGAUAUGUCUGGAUGCUUUGACAGUUAACACUCUGUUG